GAAGUUGAGGAUAUUUGAUAGUGGAAGAAAAAAUGUUUACGGCGUAAAUGGGUCUCUGUUUAAAGGAAUAGAACAACGAUAUCGCACAGUUAACUAUCUGCGUUUGUUUUUAUCCAAAAUGGCACGUUUAAACUAAUGCGUUCAUGUGUUAAUUUCUUGUGGAGAAAAUAUUGACGCCGAGUUUCCAGUGCAAGCACAGCUCCAGCUACAAGCAAACAGCGCUAUUUUGAAUCGACAUUUAUGUUUCGAUCAGACAUUUAUCAGCAAUAUCGGUAGAAUUAUAAACGCACUGCUUGUGCACAAAUCGUCCAUAAAAAACUGCAGCUACCGGAGGACAUGAGAUCGAGUUAAACCGCUUUGGUGAAAAGUGAUGCAAACAGCGAUCGUUGCGUCUCAUUCAGCCUUUUAUGAACACGUCUGAUCUAAUAUAAGCAGUAGAGAUGUCUUUGGUAGCGUACGACAGCAGCGACGACAGCGAUCGCGAUAACGCGCCGAGUUCACCCGCUCGACCCACGGCGAAGUCCGGCGGACUGUUUGCGUCUCUGCCCGCGCCGAAAAAAGCAGAGGUCGGAUCGAACAGAUAUCAGACAUCGGCCCCUCAACCUCAGAGGAUGGGUAUGGAUCUACCCAAAGCCAAGAAGCGCACAGAGCCCGUUAAAAUCACCGUUCCUGAAAUAAAACAUGCAGACUCCGACUCCGAUGAUGACCAGCCUGUGCGAAAGAAAUCAUCGUCCCAGGGCGGUGGACUGUCCUCUUUGCUGCCCCAGCCUCAAAAUCUAGUGGUGAAGGAAAAACAACGGCCCCUGGUGCCCCACACCCUGACUAAACGCCCUGUAUCAAACCAGCCAAAAGGAAGCGCUGGUAAAUCCCAAGGCGUCUCUGGAACCAGCCCAUCUCCAUCAGCCAUCAAAGCUGCCGCGAAGUCCGCCGCCUUGCAGUUGGCUCGCCAGAAGAUGGCAGCUGAUGAAGAUGGCAGUGAUGAUGAUCUCGCUCCAGAAAACUACUUUUCCCUUUCAGAAAGCUCCUCGCAGCCUGUGAUGUCACAAAAACCAGAUUCCCAAGAUUAUGUUCCCACUCUUCACCCUUCACCCGGUGUGGAGGACUCUCCGUUGGACUUUGAUUCUAAUGCAGAAAGUUACAGUAGGACAGCUGGAGCCAUCCAAGACUAUCAGAGGGAAGGUGACCAAAAUCAGUACCAACAGUAUCCAGAACUGCCAGAAGUUUCUUCACAGGAUUACUACGGGCAGAGUUACUACGAAGACCCAAACCCUGAAGCACAAGAGCAAGAUGAAUCUGGAUCUUCUUCAAUGUUUGAGGAUGAAGCAUUUCGGCGGCUGCUGGGCAAACAGAAUCGGGGAAAAGAAGAAAUCAAAUUCUUGGAGAUCAAAGGAGAUGAUCAGCUGAGCGGCAACAAGCAGUGGAUGACAAAGAAUGUGACUGCAGAUCUGGAGCCACGCAAGUCCUUUAGCAAGAAAAAAGGAGACCAGCCAACAGGACAACAGAGGCGCAAGCACCAAAUCACUUAUCUGAUUCAUCAAGCCAAGGAACGUGAGAUGGAGCUUAAGAAUAGCUGGGCUGAAAACAAGCUCACCCGCCGACAGACGCAAGCCAAGUAUGGAUUCUAGCCGACGUCACAG